UAUAUAAUAAUAAUAUGCAAGAAAGAAAUACACAUUUUUGUUCAAACUGCCAAAUAACUAUACCAAAUGAUUAAGAAUAUCAGGCCCAUUAUAGAUCAGAUUUUCACAGAUAUAAUAUUAGAAGAAGGCUAAUGAAUUUAGACUCUGUUUCAUUUGACAUUUUUUAAAAAAGUAUCAUAUCAUUAUAAAAGUAGAAUUUCUUGAAUCUUAAAGUAAUACUUCUUGCUCUUCAAGUUAAGCAUAAACUUAUUCUUGCUCUACUUGCAAGUAUUAUAUACAAUCAAUUAUUUAGGAAAAACUUUUUUUCUUCAGGUACAUAUUCUUAACAUUUGAAUUCCGCUAAACAUAAAUAAGUGUUAAAAGACAAUAGAAAAAAUUCAGAUUCUUUAGAGAAAAAAUAAAUUUUAAAUUUUCCAGAAUAAUGCUUAUUUUGUGAUUAUUCUUUUGAAACAGUAGACUAAUUAUAUAUCCAUAUGAAUACCGAACAUGGAUUUUUUAUUAGAGAAAAAGAAUCCCUUGUUGAUCUCAAAGGAUUAAUCUAAUGUUUAAGAAACAUUAUUGAAAAAUAAUUUUAUUGUUUGUCUUGUCCAUCUAUUUUUUCUUCAUCAGAAGCAGCCAAAUAACAUAUGUUAGAUAAAGGUAUUUAUUAUAUUAUAUUAUAAAUAAUUAGGUCAUUGCUUUAUGCCAAAUGAACAUUAUGAUGAACUUUGUCAUUUUUAUGAUUUUACAUAAAAAAUUAAACAACUUCUUUAACUUGAUGAAAUUCCAGAAUUAAAUGAUCUAUCAUUCGAAGAAAUUCUUGAAUUGAAUUCCUUAAAAUCUGAUUCAAGAAUUUCAGAUUUUGAAAUUGUAGAGUAAACUCCAGAAUAAUAGGCAAGAAGAUCUUAAUUUAUGCAUUAUUUAGAAAUCUUAAAGUAAAAUAAAGCAAAAGUAUUACCAAAUGGAGAAUUAUAAUUACCAAAUGGGAAAAUGUAAAUAAUAUUUAAAAUUUAUAGUCUUGGACAUAGGCAAUAUAAAUAAUUUUAUGAUUAAAACCAUGUUGUACCAUUACCUGAAAAAAAUAAUCAUUUACCAUUACAAAAUUAAACUUAAAAAGCUAUUUAAAAUAUUGAAAAUGAAAGUAUUUGA